CUGCACGUGGCAGCCGCCCAUGGGUACCUGGAGGCGGCCGAGCUGCUGCUGGCUCACGGGGCCGGCCCCGCCGCGCCCGACGCCGACGGCUGGCAGCCCCUGCACGCCGCCGCCUGCUGGGGACAGGUGCAGCUGGCGGAGCUGCUGGUGGCUCACGGCGCCGAGCUGGGCGCCAAAUCGCUGCUGGAGGAGACGCCCCUGGACGUGUGUGGGGAUGAGGAGGUCCGGGCCAAGCUGCUGGAGCUGCAGCACAAGCGGGCGGCGGUGCUGAAAUGCCAGGAGAGGCACAAAUCCCUGCUCCAGAGGAGAACGUCCAGCGCCGGCAGCCGAGGGAAGGUGGUUCGCCGCGCCAGCCUCUCGGAGCGCUCCAGCCGCUACCGCCGGGAGCUGCAGCGCGAGGCCAUCGUCUGGGGACACCCCGGGGACAGCGAGGACGAGGACAGGGCCACCACCACCAGUGCCACUGCUGCUGUCACUGCUGCCACUGUCACCUCUGUCACCGCCGAGGGCACCGAGACACGGCCACCGCUGGCACCGGCCUGCGGAGGGGCUGGGGACCCGUCCUCGGUGCCACCCUGGCCGUGCCCCCAGCCCAACGGCGCCGCCGUGUCCCCAAUGUCCCCAGGGUCCCCUCGCUGUCCCCCGGCGCCCUCGGGUGACCGCGGCCACCCCCACACCUUGGCCGACCUCAAGCGGCUCCGAGCGGCCGCCAAAACCCCAAAGAGCGACCCCAAAAACCCCCAAAAACACCCCCCCAAAAACCCCCUCGGGGACAUUGGGGACACCCCUGGGGACAUUGGGGACACCCCUGGGGACAUUGGGGACAGCCCCGGGGAGCCGCCCCUGCUGCGGCUGAGGGCCCCGCAGGGCCCCGGGCGGGAGCAGCGGCGCUGCUGCCGCCUCCUGUGAGCGCGGAUUUGGGGCUUUUGGGGCCUUUUGGGGUCACCC